AUGAUGGAAGCUAUUGGUCGACGAUGGUAUGUGAUUCUUUCAAUGUUGGUCUGCCGGGACCAGCUGCUGCGCCCCGAGGUUCAGGUCGUGGGUUGCUGUCAAGACCUCUGGUGAGCCCUCUCUGAGAUGGACGAUCUCCAUUUUCUAUCAUCAGCAGCAUUCUCUUUUUUGGCUUGGAGUUCACAAGUUGGAGUGCAUGGAUGAGUGGUUUGGACUUCCCCGUUCGCGGCAUCUCUGUCUCUGAGACGCUCUGGCCAUGACGCUGGUUUCGUCUGUGAUCGAUGGGGAACCCUCUGCUUCUUUGGCAUCGUAUGUGGACACUUUUUCUGUUGGGCUGCAUGUCUCGGUCCACUCUUUGGCGGUGAUAUCAGGUUAGGUUCACUGGGACUUGGUCCCGAGCAAACUUGAGAGGCUGGAGAGCUUAACUCAGAUCGGCUUGACGAGGUUUAUCUAGCGCCUCGGCUGACACUCGUGUUCAAGGUGGGUUUCUCCUACUUUCAAGGUAGGUUUCUCCUAACUGACUUUUAUCCCUGGGAAUUGACUGGCAUGAGCAUCGGUGUGUAUGCUGCUGCUGGGGUAGGUAUGCUGCUGCUGGGUUUGGACAAAGUGGGUGUGUAUUGUAGCUGGGAAAUGAUGGGUCCACCAUCCCCUGCACUAGGACGUUCCUGGGGAAAGGUCCUUCUCUGCCACAAGGGUCUUGGUGGUGUGUUCUGCGUGUCAGGUCCUGGUGUUUGUCAACCGAAGGCUCUGGGCCGAUCUACCAGCUGGAGUACCUUCUUUUGGCGCAAUUGGCCUUCUCUCAGUCAUUCCUGGUUGGACUCCCCAGUUGUAUUGUUGUGCCAAGUCACUCUUCAGCCCUCCUUUCUUGUAUUCUCUUCCCCCUCUUUUCCACGAGUGGUGCCCCACCUAGUCUGCGUCCUGUUUCCCCACCCCCAUUCACCUUCCUCCAUCUUGCUCCCCUCUCUCCCCCUUUUCGUUUUUUGUCCCUCACACCAGUGACUCUCCCUUCACUGUUUUUGUCCCUUCACCCCUUUUAGGCUUUCCUCUUAGGGUUACUUCCCACUUUUCUCCAUCUGUCGUUCCAUCCACUGAUGCAUUGUCUUUUUCUCGGGGGACUAACUUGUCUCGGUUUGUUUUUUCUCAAACCUUUCAGGGCACCUCCAGCGAGUCGACCCCGGACAGCGACGAAUACAACAGUCGACGCCAAUUGCAGUGCGACGAACGUCUACCGACCACCAGCAACAGCAGCGACGACGAAGCGUGUCUGCAAGCAUUGCAAGCCGCCGAAGGACAAUCCGGUGGCGGGCUCCGGUUCCAGCUCACCCCCCACACCGUCCGUCACCGCCCCUCGUUCGGCGUCACGUGGCAAACGUUCCGGGGACGCCUGCAAGGCCAACCGAGCUCGGGCGACGCCUCGGAGGAAGUGAUUCGCGCCCUGGGCCAAGCCAUCCGAGACCAAUCGCGGCCAUGGCACGACGACGAUUAUUUGCAGAUCUACCUGGGAUCCAACCGCUUGGCCAAUAAUUUUACCAGUGCCCGCAUCCGGGUGAGAGAUUGGCGCCACACGCAAGGGCCCGCGCGGCAUCUGCUCGAACAGAUGACGGCCCUCUUGAACUCCAACGAGGACUUUGCCGUGGACGAUACCUUUGUGGUGAACUUGACCUAUGUGCGCCCACCGCGCGGCACGGGCCGUCGUAAACUCGGGUCCGACGCCUUUGUCAAUAUGGUCAAGAGCAAAAACAGUUGUAUCGAGAUCACCAACAAGGACGAUCUCUGCUGCGCCCGAGCCCUAGUGACGGCACGAGCUUACCGACACAAAGAUGAAAGUAAUCUUCACCUGAGCGAAUACAAUGUCAUCCGGCAAGGGCGCGAUGUCCAAAAGACCAAAGCCCGCGAAUUUCAUCGAUUGGCCAAAGUACCCGAAGGGGCUUGCGGGUUGCCCGAAAUACGCGAGUUCGAAAAAGUGUUGCACGAGUACCAAAUCAUCGUGGUCUCGGCCGAUCACGGGAAUGCCAUCGUGCAUUGUGGCCCGACCGCCCUGCACCAAUUGAUUCUCUUAGCCCACCAGGGCCAUUACGACGUCAUCACCAAAUUGAACGCCUACUUUGGCGUGAACUAUUUUUGCUUACGGUGCCGCAAAGGGUACAAGACCAAGGACUUUCGUCAUCAUCGGUGUCCCGGUUUCAAGUGUUAUUGUUGCCAACAAACGGACUGCUCGGACUUUGCCACCCACCCUGCCCGAGACGCCGCCACCGAACUGUGCCCCCAUUGCCAUCGCCGUUUCUUUGGCCCUCGGUGCCUUGAACUGCACACCAUCCGUUCUCCCAGCGGCGCGAGGGUUCACCCCCUGACCUUCGACAACGUGUGUGCCCAACUACGGUGUUGCGGGCACUGCGGACGCACCUUCCAGAGCUACCAGGCCUUUCUCAGCCACCUCUGCGGCUAUCAACCGUGCUACAGUUGCGGGCUCACGGUGGACGUGUGA